AUGAUACGACCACCCGUACCCACCCCUUUCGGCGCGUUUGGAGAAGUCGCCACUGAACUCGUCAGAUCUUGUCCCUUCAACACUCAUACCAGAGUAAUUCGACGGCUAGAAGCCAAGAAGUUCGCAUACUUCAGCCUGAGUGCAGCUUUCGCCCUCAUCACCAAUGUCUUCGCUUUUCCGAAUCCAGGAACAACAACCCCUUCUCCGUCUUCCAAAGUCGAAGUCAAGCUCGAGAGGUUGAACAACACUAACGUCAAGAUCUCUCUAACGAACACUGGACCUGGAACUCUGCGACUCGUCAAGCUCGAUGGCCUUCUCAGUGACUUCCAUGUCAACAAGAUCACGGACUCUGCCUUCGAGCUCCUGUCACCGUCGGCUACCGUCGAUGUAGAAUUUGAUAUCGCGCACGUAUACGACCUCACUGCUAGUGGUGAUGUAGAUUUGGUAUCACAAGGUACAUUACUCCACGUGACCUCUGGGUCUUCGGCCGCCAACAAAAUCCCCUUCGUCUCAAACACUCUUACGGUCAACAUCAACGGAGCUGGGGUGGUAGCAUCCCCAUGGAAGUCCGCUUUUCUACUACAAGAUGACUGCACCGCCGAUCAGAUUAAGACCUUGGAGGAAGCCCGAGUUUUGUGUUACGAUCGCGCUUGGUCCGCGUGGGAAGCCUCCCACCCAGACACCGCCAAUCACGCAAAGAUGCUGGAAUUCUUCAAAGACGACUCGAAUGAAAUUCGCACUCAAGUCUCGGACGGCUUUUACGAAAUCGGUACGGAGUGUGACAGCCUGCACGAUGGCUUUACGAAGCAGUACUGUAACGACCGUAGCGAUUGUCCACCAGGUGUACAGGCCACCACCCAUGUGAGCAGUGAAGAACUCGUCGUUCGAUACUGUCCCAACUAUUUCGAUGCGAAUUACAAAACGAAUAAUCCAACGUGUCAUUGGGCAGAUAAGACGCUAGUCAUGAUGCAUGAGCUGGCGCAUGCGAUGAUGUUCGUGAACGACGUGGCUUACAAGUACGAUAACUUUGUUAAGCUCAACUCGACUGAUAAUUUGAACAAUGCGGAUACAUACGCCUUCUUCGCUAAGGGCAAGUCCCACUUUUCCUCGAACAGACUUCAGAUUAUCCACUAACAUCUUUUUUGCAGCGGUUCAUAACGGCUGUUGAGAUCAGAUGUAUCUUUUGGUAUGGUUUUGCUAAGAUACGAGAGGGGUUGAAAAGAUAGACAGGAUGAUGGUAACAGAGGAUAUGUGGGGACUUGAGUCGUAUGGGCGUUUACUGCGAGUCUUCUCACAGCGAUGUGAGAAUGGGUAUAACAAGGUCUCUGCAUAGUCCAUAACUCAUGAGGAGGAUUUUAGACCCUAAUCUUACCCAGCGCCUCGACGUCGGUGAAUGCAUUGACCAGGUCAAAGUACACACCGCUUUCCGUUUUGAUCACUCACCAUUGCGGAGACUCUAAAGAUCACGAACUGCAGAUAUCUUGUGCUCGCGGGUCUGUGCCUCGCCACACACAAGG